GUCUUCCUCUGCCCUCCCAGCCUGGCCCGCAAGCGGACGUGGAACAAGAAAUACCCCAUCUGCAUCCUCCUCCCCGAGCCGGCGGAGCUGGAGUGCAGGAGCAGCGAGGAGCAUGACGUGGAGCUGCAGAGGGAUGGAGGGAUGAAGAAGGCACCGGUGCCGGGGCAGGACAUCCCGGGGGACUGCAGGGAGAGGUGCCUCUACCUCUUCGGGCGGACGGGGAGGGAGAAGGAGGAGUGGUACCAGCACCUCGUGCAAGCCUCCCGCGGGACACCCAGCAGCAGCCGUGGCGAAGGCAGGGCAGGCGUGGGACCAGUUCCACAGAGCAGCGGCAGCAGCAGCGGGGGGAGCAACGAGGACAUCCCCUCCACUGUCCCAGCCAAGGACCUGACGGGAAGCAUCCAACAGAUUUUCCUGGAUUACAGCACCUACAUGGCCCGAUUUGUGCCAGUGCAGGUCGGGGGGAGCCCAGACCAGAGCCCCUCUCAUGGAGCACUGGGCAGCCCCACGUCCACAAAGCUCGGCGAGGACACGGCCAGGCGCAGCGAGGCAUGCAUGGCCUGGAUGAACGCGCUGGUGGGGCGCAUCUUCUGGGACUUCCUCCGGGAGCGAUACUGGGCUGAGCAAGUGUCCAGCAAGAUCCAGAAGAAGCUGAGCAAGAUCAAGCUCCCAUAUUUCAUGAACGAGCUGACGCUGACAGAGCUGGACAUGGGCACAUCCAUCCCCUUGGUCCUCAGCGCCUCUAACCCCACCAUCAAUGACCGAGGGCUCUGGGUGGACAUGGAGGUUGCCUACAGCGGUUCAUUGCAGAUGACGCUCGAGACGAAGAUGAACCUCUGCAAGCUGGGGAAGGAGAGUGCUGCAGAGGAGAGCGGUCCAGCAGAGGCAGGUGGCGAGGGGGCCAGGCCACGGCUGAUCUUGCUGGCAGACAGCGACGCGGAGUCAUCCAGCGCUGGCUCCUCCGAUGAGGAAGAUGUCACCACUGCAGAGCCCACAGGAGCGCUGGGGGAGUGGGUCCCGCUGCCUGGCACUGAGGGCCACGUCAGCGGCAACAGCACGAGCCGGAAGAUCCUGCGCUUUGUGGAUAAGAUCGCCAAGUCCAAGUACUUCCAGAAAGCCACUGAAAACGAGUUCAUCAAAAAGAAGAUUGAGGAGGUUUCCAACACGCCGCUGUUGCUGACGGUGGAGGUGCAGGAGCUGGCAGGCACCUUGGCCGUGAACAUCCCCCCGCCGCCGACAGACCGUGUCUGGUACAGCUUCCGAGUCCCACCCCAGCUGGAGCUGAAGGUGCGCCCGAAGCUGGGCGAGCGGGAGGUGACGUUCCUCCAUGUCACCGAAUGGAUCGAGAAGAAGCUGCAGCACGAAUUUCAGAAAAUUUUGGUGAUGCCAAACAUGGACGAUCUCAUCAUCCCCAUCAUGCGCUCUGGCCUGGAUCCUCAGCCACCCACAGGGACACUGCCCGGGGACCUACCAGCCAAGGGAGAGAAGAGGCUCUGA